CGAUACCACCAGCGACACACAGCUCUGACAAGGGCGGUCGAUACAUAAAAAAAUGGCGGUGUAGUGAAUCAGGCGAUUGAAGUGAGUGAUAGUGCACACACAAUCCGGACACGUUUAUUUUUCUAUUUGAAGGAUUUAUGUAAAAGCAGCGGGGUUAUACUUUAACCGGUAGAGGCAGAAGGUUUUGGUCUGAGUUGAGGAUAGACAGUCAUAGAGUAAUACAUAGGAGAUCAUGGAUUUGACGGCGGUUUCACCUAAAAGCAGUUUGGGAAAUUUUAUCAAAGCGUCCACCGUCACCCCAGUCAAUGACCUGAAAGGUGUAAAGAGCCCCAGGUUUGUUGAUGGUGAGAAGCUGCUGAGAUGUAAACUAGCCUCCCUGUACAGGCUGGUUGAUCUUUGUGGCUGGACCCAUGGAAUCUUCAACCAUAUAAGUGCACGGAUAGAUGGAGGUGGGCAUGAACAUUUCUUAAUAAACCCAUUCGGGAUGUUGUACCACGAGGUCACUGCAUCGUCCCUAAUCAAAGUUGACUUGAAAGGUGAAGUCAUUGACCAGGGGUCAACCCUGUUUGGGUUCAACAGGGCGGGGUUCACCUUGCAUUCAGCCAUCCAUGCAGCCAGGGCUGACAUCAAGUGUGUCAUCCACAUACAUACACCUGCAGCCACUGCAGUUUCUGCCAUGAAAUGUGGGUUCCUUCCCUUGUCUGAAGAAUCAAUGAUCUGCGGCAAUGUCAGUUACCAUGAUUUCCAGGGUAUAUUUAUAGAUGAAAAUGAGAAACAAGUUUUAGCUAAUGACUUAGGUCCUCAAAAUAAGAUUAUGGUUCUACACAAUCAUGGCAUUGCUGUGUGUGGGGAGACUAUAGAGGAGGCUUUUUAUUUAACAUUCAACUUCAUGGCAGCAUGUGAAGCCCAGGUGAGAGCAAUAUCUGUAGGUCUGAAGAAUAUUGUCCUCCCCUCUGACGAGGCACAAGUUAAAGCACAGUCCUCUGGCAACAAAGAGAAAACCGGUGCAGACAGGUCUGGCGUCGUGUGGAAAAAAGGAGAGAUUGAGUUUGAAGCCUUAAUGAGAACAAUGGACAGGCUGGGCUACAGGACAGGAUAUGAUUACAAAUUGAUGCCGGUAGUAAAGAAACAAGAAUAACAAUGGAUACGUCAAAUGAAGAUGAAGGCUUAACACAAGUUUAAAUGGAAGUAUACAUUUUUUAUAAGAUAAAAUGGUUCAUGAUUAUAAAUAUUAGCUGUAUGCUGUUUUUUUGUAACUUCUGAUCCUGUGACAUUUUCAAUGUUUUCAUUGUGGAAAAGUAUUUUUUAUUGUAAACUGCCUAAUACCAUUCCCUUGGAAAUGUUUGUUUACUGUUUUUAUGAGGAAUUUCCAAGCACUUGAUAUUUUAACAUACUGUCAUAAACUUUUUGAGUCAACAUUUUUAAAAAAAGUUUUUUUUUUAAAUGGUGUACAUAUUCUUUUUAAAAUUUCACAGAAUUUUUGUGAUACAAAAUGCAUUUUUUGUAGAUUGUCAAUUUUUCUUGUCAUUGUUAUACUUUUUUAGUGAUCCUGUGGAGUUGACAGAUAAUCCUUGGUUGGAUUAUGUCACAUAAACUCAAACCUAAUUGGGUUAACUUUUUUAUUUAAACAAAGACUAUUGAAAAAAAAAGAAGUGUUUUCUUUUUUUAACAUUUUGUAUUAUUCUAUCUAAAAAUAAGUUUAUUUGGAAACCUUAAUUUUUUUUAUAAAAAGGUAUUUUUAUUAAAAUUUCAUUAUGAGAUUUUAAAUAGUUUUUCUUCAUCAGAACAGGAAAAAAGAUUAAUGUUAAUUUUUAAAACUUGAAAACUGCAUGAGAUUUUAAAGCACAAAAGGAUCUAUUCAGACCUUCUUAUAAGUGUAAAAAACAACCUUUUGCUUGUCAUUGUCUUGUAUUAAUCUGGAAGAGCUUUGUACAAAUACAAUGUAUGUGUCAGGAAACUUCUUUAACUAGCACAAAAAUACUGGAAACUCAUUCAUUGUCUAAACAUUCAAUAAGCCUUAUUUAGUGUGUGCCUACCGUUUUGUUUUAGGAGCAGGAAUAAUUUGUUUCAUUUAUUUGCAAUAACUCCCGUUGGUUUGGUGAAAAAAAAAGAUAUUUUAUUUGUGAUAAAAAGAAUUUACAUUUCCUUUUUGUUUUUCUUGCGAUCCCUUAGAUAAAAAAAAAUGGCGCCUGUUAUGUAACUGGUAAGUGCUAGUCAACAACCAACACCAGUUGUGAAUGCGUGUUAUUUAUUGCUUGUACUUUUUAUUGCUUUUCAUGGUUAGCAAUUUCAGCUUGAAUAUGAAUCUCUAAAUGAUACAGGUGUAUUUGUGAGUACUGCCUUGAUUGUUUUAAUUUAUAUUUGCUAUGUAUCAUUAACUUGUUUUAAAGAUUAAUGAAUUACUAGUCUGGAAAUAAAUUGAUGUCAAAAAUGUUUAAACCCUCGUAUUUUUC